AGUAUAUUGAAAUUGCAUGUACAAAGAAACAAAAUGCCUGUGUAUACAGAAGUAGAUCAUGACAUUAAAGAUGCACUUGAUAGGAAAGAUGAACAUCAGCUGAAGUUGAUCCUCCAGAAUACAACCAAGUGCAAUAGAGAGACAAUUCUGUGGGCAUUUGAGAGAAAUGUGAAACCUAGUACAAAUACAUUGGACUUAUUACAAGAAAAAGGUGCAGAUGUCAAUGCUAGGAACAAUGAUGGUGAGACUGCAUUGAUGUUGGCUUGUAAGUCUGGCUCUCUGGAAUGUACACAGUGGUUAACAGAGCAUGGUGCAGAUGUCAAUGCUAAGGACAAUGCUGGUAACACUGCAUUGAUGUUGGCUUGUAGAUCUGGCUCUCUGGAAUGUACACAGUGGUUAACAGAGCAUGGUGCAGAUGUCAAUGCUGGGAACAAUGAUGGCGUGACUGCAUUGAUGUUGGCUUGUGAGUCUGGCUCUCUGGAAUGUACAAAGUGGUUAACAGAGCAUGGUGCAGAUGUCGAUGCUAGGGACUAUUUUGGUGUGACAGCAUUGAUGCUGGCUUGUAAGUCUGGCUCUCUGGAAUGUACACAGUGGUUAACAGAGCAUGAUGCAGAUGUCAAUGCUAGGAACAAUGAUGGUGAGACUGCAUUGAUGUUGGCUUGUAAGUCUGGCUCUCUGGAAUGUAUACAGUGG